UCGGGCUACGGCAGGUCCGGGCUGUGCGCCACGACCCCGGACUGGGUGUGGGAAGGAGGCAGCGGGUUUGACCAUAGCUCAGCUGGGACCGGUGAGCGGCAGAGGAGGCUGCCUGGAACCUGGAAGGGCCUUGUUAACCAAAAGCCAGGGUCCUUGCCCCCGCCCCAGCCCCCUUGGUCUCUUCCAAAGCCUUCCAAUUACUCUGUCCUCCCACCGGUGCCUUUUUGAACGCUCGUUCCCCGCAUCUUAGGAUAAAGGUAGAUUCGGACAUCUAGGGUCGUUUCUAUUUUCCCCACGUCUACCAGUCUCUACCGGGGACUUAUUUUAAACAACAAGCAAAGGUAGUUUUAUGACAUGCCACAGUCUCUCUUGGUCUGAUUCAUUCAGGAGUGUACAGGCUCGUACUGCGCCCCACACGCGCCCGCUGUGCCCAGUCCUCCCCCUCCCCACAUCUGUUGGCUUUUUUUUUUUUUUUUUUAAUGAAUAUUUUACAUAGCACUUAAUGUGUCAGCCAGCACUGUUCAAAGCACUUUCCAAAUGUUGCCUUGUGUACUUCUCAUAACUAUGAGUUAAGCAUUAAAUGGCCACAGCCUUGGCCCUUCAGACUCCAGAGAUGCAGGGAGGACUUAUAGCAGUGAAAGUCAAAGAGGAAGAGGACCAUGCCUGUGGGCAAGAAUCUGGCCAGUCAAGAGAUAACCCGCACACCAGAGAGAUCUUUCGUAGACGCUUCAGGCAGUUCUGCUACCAGGAGACCCCUGGGCCCCGAGAGGCUCUUCGAAGACUCCAGGAGCUCUGCCAUCAGUGGCUGAGACCAGAGAUGCACAGCAAGGAGCAGAUCCUGGAGCUGCUGGUGCUGGAGCAGUUCCUGACCAUCCUGCCCGAGGAGCUCCAGGCCUGGGUGAGAGAGCACCGUCCAGGGAGUGGAGAGGAGGCAGUAACUGUGCUGGAGGAUUUGGAGAGAGAGCUGGAUGAACCAGGAGAGCAGGUCCCAACCCGUGAUCAUGUACAGGAAGAGCCUGUGAAGGGGAAAACAAUUCUAGGAGCAGCCCAGGAGUCGUCAAGUGGCCAGCAUCAAACUCUGGAAGAGCAGUCUCAGUGCAACUUGGAAGAGUUGUGCCCAGCUCAGGAGACUGAUGAUAAGGCUGGGACUUGGAAUGCGGAGUUAGCCCCAAAGAGAGAGCUGUCUAAAGAAAUGAAACCUCUGGUAGAAGUAACUGAAAAACUGAAUGGUGAUAUUAUUCGGAUGCCUGAAUGUGGAGAGACCUGUGAGCACGAAGGCAGACUGGAAAGGCAAAGGGUAAGCUCUUCAGUGGAGAGACCCUAUAUCUGUGGUGAAUGUGGGAAAAGCUUUACCCAGAAUUCCAUCCUCAUCGAGCACCAGAGAACACACACGGGCGAGAGGCCCUAUGAGUGUGAUGAGUGUGGGCGGGCCUUCAGCCAGCGGUCAGGACUGUUCCAGCACCAGAGACUCCACACUGGGGAGAAGCGCUACCAGUGCAGUGUUUGUGGCAAGGCCUUUAGCCAGAAUGCUGGGCUUUUCCAUCACCUCAGGAUCCACACAGGGGAGAAACCUUACCAGUGCAAUCAGUGCAGUAAGAGCUUUAGUCGACGUUCUGUCCUCAUUAAGCACCAGAGAAUUCACACUGGAGAAAGACCUUAUGAAUGUGAAGACUGUGGCAAGAACUUCAUUUACCACUGCAACCUCAUCCAGCAUCGGAAAGUCCACCCUGUGGCUGAAUCCAGCUAGCUCCUUGGAACAGGUGGAUGUUGAUUACUGCUUCUGACCCUGGGAACAGAGUGGAGGUAGCUGACAGUUGGAAUCUCAGGAGACUGCUGAAGAGGGACCCUGAAGGCUGAGAAGACUGGGUCCUAACGGAAUCUAGGGUUGCGCAG